GGCGGCGGGCGCGGAGCCGGGCGCGGGUAGAAUAAACCAGACGGCAGCAGACAGCCCUUCACCUAUUCAUUUUUUUUCCCCCUCCGUCUCCACUCUUUUUCCUUCUUCCUUUUUUUCCGGCGCGUUUUUGGACCGAGUUCUCUUCAGACCGCCUGGGCCUGCCGCUUUUUUCUUUUGCUUUUUUUGGGUUUUUAUCUUUUUUCCUUUUGCAGAGCGUUUUAUUUUACUUUUUUCCCCUCCCCCCUGUGUGUGGCCAAACAAACAAAAAAAGUGUCGAGCCGAGUGAUUCAGGCGCUCUGCAGGGAGCGGGCGGUAGCGGUAAAGAAGGAAAAAGUUGCCUUUGUUGCCAGCGAGCUCUUAAUUACCUUGAUGUGAUUAAGGGCCGGCGGCUGAAGAGAGGGUCGGCGCGCGUGUGCCGGCAGCGCAAGCCUCCCCGCCCGUCCGCCGCGGGGGACGAGCGGCCCCGCACCGCGGCCCGAGUGCGCCCGGCUCGGCUCGGCUCGGCUCCCGGCCGGGGGCGCGUCCCGGCCGCCCCCCUCCCGAGGCCGGUUGCCAUGGUGCCGCGGCCCGGCGUGCUGUGGGCAGUGGCGGCGGCGGCGCUGGCGCUGCUGGUGCGGCGGGCGGCGGCGGCGCUGGCGGGGCCGGUGGUCCGCUGCGAGCCCUGCGACGCGCGCGCGCUGCAGCAGUGCAAGCCGCUGCAGCCCGACUGCGCCGAGCGCGUGCGGGAGCCCGGCUGCGGCUGCUGCCUCACGUGCGCGCUGCGCGCCGGCCAGCCCUGCGGCAUCUACACCGAGCGCUGCGGCGCCGGCCUCAGCUGCCAGCCGCGGCGGGACGAGGCGCGGCCGCUGCAGGCGCUGCUGGAGGGCCGCGGGCUCUGCACCAACGCCACGGCGGGCGGCAAGCUGCGGGCCUUCCUGCUGCCGGGACCGCAGGCUGCAGGAAAUUCCAGCGAUUCAGAGGAAGAGGACCGGAGCAGCAGCAGCAGCAGCACAGAAAAUCAGGCCGUCCCAAACAGGGUGCCAGAUUCCAAGUCGCACCCACCGCACACCAAAAUAGACAUCAUCAGGAAAGUGCAGGCCAAAAACACGCAGCGCUACAAGGUGGAAUAUGAUUCCCAGAGCACGGAUACGCUCAAUUUCUCUUCGGAAUCCAAGCAAGAGACUGAAUACGGCCCUUGUCGUAGAGAAAUGGAAGACACUUUAAACCACCUAAAGAUCCUGAAUGUCUUGAGUCCCAGGGGCUUUCAUAUUCCAAAUUGUGACAAGAAGGGCUUCUACAAGAAAAAGCAAUGUCGCCCAUCCAAAGGCCGCAAGAGAGGGUACUGCUGGUGCGUGGACAAGUACGGGCAGCCGCUUCCCGGCUACGACGGGAAGGGGAAAGGAGAUGUCCACUGCUACAACCUGGAAAGCAAGUGAGGGCUGCGUGCCAGCUCUUGUGGCAUCUGCGGGGCCUCGCAGAGCCCUCGGAGGGGCUGGGCAAGCAGCGGGGGACGGGCUCAGCCUGCGCGGCGGUGGGAGCCGUGCCCCCGCGGCUGCCGUGCCACCGCCACCAUGCCCCACCGCCGCCGCUGCGACCCGCCACCGCCGCGCCGCACGCUGCCUACGGCACGCGUAGGGAGCCCGGCAUUCCCACCGCAACCUGCACUAUUGAUACCCGGAGAGACAGAGGCAGAGAGAAACAAAAGGCACUUCAGAAUGGAUUCAGGGAGUCUCCACUGACUUUUUUAACGAACGGCCUGUGACCAAUUAGAUCCCGAAAGAUACUGGGGGUGUUUAUUACAAAGAGUUAAUAGAGAGAAAGUUGGUAAAAGUAUCACAGCAAAAAAAACCAAACGAACCAAAACAAGACCCAAACAAAAAAAGCCACACAAGGAUUUAAAGGCUGAGCUUUCUUUACAGGUCUGACGGGAAACUUAUCUUCACGGGUAAAAAGUUUUAUAAGAAUCUCAAAGAACUUUUUAAAGACACAUAUUUCUAAGACAAAGACAUGGCUAUUUUUUCUGUAAGAUAUAUGAUGGAUAUUCUGUUAGUCUGUAUUUAAUAUAAUUGUUUUUUAAUAAACUUUAUUUAAAUGUAACAUGUGAAUACCAAAUACUAUGCAGUAAUUCCAGUGUAUACCUGCGUAUGCAAAGAGAAAGGAAAGAGUGUGGAAUGAUUUACAAAUAUGUACAGAUCCAUAUGCAUACACACUGACCUAUUCUAGCUAACGGGAAGGAAGUUGUGGAGCAAAGGAAGAGUUUCCAGGAGAGAUUAAGUUUUGUUAUUUGCAAUAACUACAAAUACCAAGAUAAUAUCUCUGGGGGUUUAAUUGUUGUAUUUUAUUGGUAUUUCUAAUGUACCCAUCACUGAACUAUGCCACUGGAAAGGAUAACAGUUGCACUGAAGCUCUCAGUAAAGCGUUCUUCUGUCUGUCCUUACUUCAGCUGGUGCAACGGGGCUUACGUUUCUUGCCAUUUCCUCCUCACGCUUAUUCACAGUAUUCAUGGACAAAAACCCUUGCCAUUGCAGUACCACCUUUCCCGUUUGCCUAUUUAUUUUGCAAAGCUGUAUCUCUUCUGUGUUGCCUUGGUACAUUUUUACCAAAGCAUGUGCUCUGUAAGAGGAACUCCUGCUUCAAGCAAGGUCGAUGCGAUGGCGGGGGGGACGGUGGACCUGGGUGUUGAGACCCAACAAUUGUUGCUUUGACUUCGGUAGAAAUGAUUUGCCUGCAUCUUCAGCAAAUAGAAUAAGAACCGUUGGGGUUGAAUAUUUAAACAAACUGCCUGCCGUGGUGUUCUGUGUCCUUCUAAUGACUCGGAAGAGAAGCGAUUCAGGUUUGUUCUGGGUUGUGAUGCUUCCACAUGGGGAAGACUUGGGCAACAUUGGUUACUUUUUUCAUUCUCUUUCCCGAGGCUGAUUGUUUACUGAACUUCACGACAGAUUCUGUAUGCCGAUGAGAUCCGGAUGAGGAAAGGUGGCCUGUGAAAUGUAACAUCUCUCUGGAAAGCAAUGCCAUAUUUUGUAUAUGUAUUUAUUUAUAUAUUUUAUAUAAAUAUUUUAUAUAUUUAUAUAAAUAUAUAAUAUAUUCUUA